UCUUUGGUAUUUUUGACAAAAAGGGUAAAUAAGCAGUAGCCUCUCUCAUCUUUAUCAUAAUCCAAGUUUUUGCUAUUUUAGAUGAAUAUUUUAAAAUGGAGUUUUACAAGAGAGGAAGAGUUGAUUGUUUGCAUAAUUUGUUGGUCUGGUUGGUAUCUUGAGAGUUUGGGAGGAGGAAGGAGAAAGAAAUCUGUUUCUUCUGUAGAAGGUGGAGGUGCCAAAACUCUCUUCAGGCUCCUCUUCUCCUUCUUCAUCCUCCCUAUUGGUUUGUUUAUGUUUUUAUAACAAUUAACAAUAAAUUAAUAGUUUUUCUAUUAAAAAAUUGUUUAUGGUUUUGGGUUCAAUGAAUCUUUUGUUUUUGGUGCCCAGAUCCGAUUCUUUCUAUCUUCCCACUGUCCUUGGAAAUCCCAAUGACACCAACUAGACCUUUUUCUUUAAAAAAUAUUCUUUUUAUUGAUUUUAAAUAAUAACUGGCACAUUCUUUACGCAUUAUCUCGGUUUUGUCUGCAAAGUUUGGAUUUUUGUAAAGGCUUUUCUUUCCUGUCAUCUGGGUUUUUGUGGGGUCCAAACCACUCUUGAUUCAACUUGGCAACUUCAUUCAGCUUCAAGUUCCCAAAAACAAUUGUUUUUUGUUUUUUCAUAAGUUGGUUAGGUAAUCUCUCAAUUCCUAUUGGUCAUCUACCUAUCCUCUCCUUCCAUUUAUACUCUCAGAAACAGCCACAACAGAUCAAAAAACAAAAAGGAAGCAAAAACACACCAAAAUAAUGCUUCUCUACUUUCUCAUCUCAUGUCUCUCUUUCUUUUUCUUGUCAAAAUCGUUAUCUCUUCCUCCAUGGGCAUCUGAAACCAAAUCCUUGCUCUCUUUCUACCUCUCCAAGAACCUCCUCUUCACCAACACUCUCCAUCCAACCAAACCCGACCCUGCCUCUCCUGCGCUAGAAGACCAUAUGUCGGUCCUUGACCUCCCUGACCUGGCUCUCGACCGCAUUCUCGACCUUCUUCCACCCUCUGGACUCUCUAGUAUGGCUAGGGUUUGUAGCUCCUUGAGGGAGAGGUGUGUGAGUGAUCAUCUGUGGGAGAAACACUUGGUGAGCAAAUGGGGCAAGAUCCUUGGCCCUUCUGCGUAUAGAGAGUGGAAAUGCUAUCUCUCUUCCUCCCGUCAUCUUGAUUCUUCUCCUCUUCACCAAACCGGUCAUCCUCUUGGGCUUGAUAAACUCAUCAUCGCUUGUCUUCGAUCUAUUUCCUCUGUUUUGAGAGAUGAUGAUAGUAAACAGAGGAAGGCUCUGCCAGUUGAUUCCACUAUGAGCUUCUAUAUCUCACUUGAAACUGGUCGUUUUUGGUUCCCAGCUCAAGUUUACAACCGUGAGAAUGGGCAUGUAGGGUUCAUGUUGUCAUGUUAUGAUGCAGAGCUUAGCUAUGACGCCCUCACUGAUACUUUUCAAGCGAGGUAUCCGCCACAGGGUAGAAGAGCAGGUUCGGUUGAAAAGGGUGUGACAUGGGAGAGGCUAAGAGCAGCUCCCCUUGAGGCUUCUCCUCAUCAUCUUCAUGUGUCAGAAGAGUCUCUAAACGAGUUGAAACCUGGAGAUCAUAUCGAGAUUCAGUGGAGAAGGAACAAAGAGUUCCCUUAUGGAUGGUGGUAUGGUACCGUUGGCCAUUUGGAAUCGUGUGAUGGGGAUCUCAACCAUUGUCAUUGCCAUCUUAGUGAGAUGGUGGUGUUGGAGUUCAACCAGUACACAGUGGGGUCGAGGUGGAGAAGAACAAUGAUCAACAAGAGAGAACAUAGAGAGGAAGGUAACGAGGAAGACGGGUUCUACGGAGGAAUCAGAAAGCUAAGUUGUAAAGAAGAGAUUGCAACGUGGACACGUCUCUGGCCAUCCUCCAUCUUGGAGUAGCAUGAAGAAGAAGAACAACCACAUUGCGAAACAACAUUUGCACGAAGCGUAGGACGUCAAGUUUAGAUGUGUAUUCUAUUGUAUCCAAUGUAUGAUUAACAAUUUGAUUAUAUUUAUUCGAGAAUAGAUUUUUUUUUU